AAGUUGUCCGUGUUUGAGAGAAUUGCAAUGCGUAAAAUGUCCCAAAUUCAAAGAUUCAUGUGUUAACAUCACUGUUGGUUCAACCAUAAAUAUGGACAAUCAAUUAAAUAGGGGGGGUUUCAGCUCCACUAUCAUUUCUCAAUUUAGAGAUACUUAAUGUUGAGGAUUGUAGUAUGGAAGACAUUCUAUUUGGACUUGAAGGGGAUGUUUUUACUAAAAGGACUUCACAAAGCAAGUUAACGUCUUCCUUAAGUGCUCUGGAAUUGAAGAAUCUGCCCGAUCUAAAAUUUGUUUGGAGUGGUCCCAUGGAAAAAUUGAGCAUCCAAAAUCUUAGAAAAUUCACAGUGAGUGGGUGCAACAAUUUGAAAACUAUUUUCUCCCCUGUAAUUCUUAAACACAUGCCACUAUUGGAAGAUCUUGAAAUAUCAGAUUGCGAUGAGUUAGAGGGAAUAAUAUCCAGUUCAGAGGUAGGAGAGCAACAUCAAAGCCCAUUGAAUGCUCCUCAUUCAUCACAAAUAUGUUUUCGAAAUAUGAAAAAGCUUCGAGUUCAAAGAUGCAACAAGUUAAAAUACCUAUUUUCAAUGGCCAUAGAUUGGAGUGAUUUUUCGAAGAAUGUAUUACCCAACUUAAGGAGUUUGAUUCUAGAAGAAGUGCCAAGUCUCAAGGAUUUCUAUCAAGGUUUAUCCUUUUCUGAUGAUUGUCUUCGCCAGCUGUUGUGUUCAAAACUGGAAGUAUUAGAAUUAGAAGGUCUCCCUGAGCUGUGGCUGAUAUGGGGAGCUCCUUCACAUAUUUCAAACCUUGUCCAUCUCCAAGAAUUGUGCCUGUACAAUUGUAAGAAAUUGAAAUCCGUAUUUGGCGAGGAUAGCCAUGAAAGAAGCCUCCCAAUGUUAAAGAUGCUCAGGGUACAAAAUUGUGAGGAGUUGGAGGUCAUUCUGACACAAGAUCACCAAUCAUUCCAAAGUUGCUUUCCUAAGUUAGAAAGUUUCAUGGUGGAGCAUUGCAACAAGCUCAAGUCUCUUUUCUCAACCUCCUCUGCCACUAUAUUGCUACCACAAUUGUGGGGAAUAGAGAUAUCAGAAUGUGCAGAGUUAGAGCAGCUCUUUGAACGUAGGAGUGAAGCCAACAGCAGUAGUGACAAUGUCAACAAAAUUGCGCUUCCAAAUUUACAAAGGAUAGUGCUAAGGAAAUUGCCAAGUCUUAUUGAUAUCUGCAAAGGAUUUAAGUUAUCCGCAAAGAAUGUUCGACAACUUGAAAUGAAGAAUCGUCCAAAAUUUUCUUCAGUUAUGGGAGCAACUGGGAGCAUGGGGAUUAUAAUAUUUACACGGAAAGCAGAGCCUCGCGCCAACAACGGCAACCAACUGCCUCAUCAACUUCCAUGUUUCUAUCCAGAAAUCCUGUCUCUGGAGGAAUUAGAGCUCCAAACUCUAAGCGAGCUGAGUUUUAUAGGCACGGCUUUCACUUCCUCUCAAAUUUUGAGCUUCCAAUAUCUUCGUUCUUUAGCAGUACAUGGAUGUGGAAGACUUAAAUGUAUAUUCUUCAUGUCCAUUUGGGGAAGCCUUCCAAUGUUGAGGAUUUUGAAAAUUACAGAAUGUGAGGAAGUGGAGGAAAUCAUGCAAGAGCCAUUGGAAGAAGCUCAGCAUGAAUCCAACUCUAACAUGCAGUUGCCUUUUCCAGAAUUGAGGCGCAUAACAGUGAAACGCUGCAACAAGUUGAAAUGCCUUCUAAAGAACGUUGUAGUUGGAAUGCUUCCACAACUACAACUCGUUGAGGUAUCAGAGGCUGCACGAAUGGAGGAGCUCUUUUCACAUAGAAGUGAUGAAGCCAGUGCCAGUACGCAAGAACUUGUGCUUCCAAAUCUAGAAAUAUUGAGACUUUCAAGAUUGCCUAGCCUCACUCACUUCUGCAAAGGACUCAAGAUAAAUGCUCCACAACUCGAACAAGUCCAAAUAAAUGAAUGUCCAAAAUUUGACUUCUCCUCCCAACAAGCCGCUACCACCCAAAGCACAGAGUAA